UCGGGUCGCUUGACAGUUCACCUGUACGUGCACGCACACUUCCAUCGCGAACCGUACGCACACAGUCUACCCGCCCCGAUAGCGCAUUGAGACGUGGUCAAUGGUAAACGCCAGUGUGGAUGCUUCGUGGACACAUAUCGAGGCUUGGAAGCAAGAACGUACAGAGCACGAAGUGAAACCAUUUCCGGUUGGCGGGCUGAAAGCCAAACACCCUCCCCUCAGAGUACCACGACGACGAUCCUGCUCAUCAGUGUAACGCCAUCUGCAAGAUGUGUGUAAUGUGUACACGAACGCAUUUGUUAUCCACACGUCGUCGACAGAGUGAUACCGAUCAGUAAACCGGAUAGGGCAAUCGUUGCAACAGUGCGAUAUUUCCUGCGGAUAUCUUCCACCUCUCGCUGCCACUCGGCACCAUUGUUGCUUGCUUUGCCCACCGUCGUUCACACCCGUCGUCGUCGUUUUCGGGGCGCAGUAACGUAUCGUUGUCCUUUACCUUGUAUGUAAAAAUAAAACGGCAAAUCUGUCAAGCGCGUUACGGGCCGCGACGGUAUACAAAGUUACGAACGACCACCAUUUAGUGGAGCAGCAAGUGCGCCUUUCACCAUGGCGAUGCUGCUGAAGCGUCCGAUCGGCACCCUCGUCAGUGGGUUGCGAAGUGUUGGUGGUGGUAAUCGGAACAGUGGUGGUGGUGGUGGUGGUAACACACCCUUACUGGACAACGGGUAUGCGGGCGGGGGAACCGGUGUUACGGCAACCGGACCGAACCAUGACGGUGGCAUGCGCCAAACGCUGACCAUCGUGUUUCUGUGCAUCCUGUGGUACAUCGUGUCGAGCAGCAACAACGUCAUCGGGAAGAUGAUCCUGAGCGAGUUCCCGUACCCGAUGACGGUUACGAUGAUACAGCUGACCAGCAUUACCGUGUACAGUGGACCGUUCUUCAAUCUGUGGGGCGUCCGGAAGUAUGUGGACAUUUCUUGGCGCUACUACUUCACGUUCAUCGUGCCGCUGGCGCUGGGCAAAUUUUUGGCCUCGGUAACGUCCCACAUUUCCAUCUGGAAGGUGCCGGUUUCGUAUGCUCACACAGUGAAAGCAACGAUGCCCCUGUUCACGGUGAUCCUGUCCCGGGUGAUAAUGCGCGAACGACAAACGAAAGCCGUAUAUCUCUCGCUGAUGCCAAUCAUUGUCGGCGUCGGUAUUGCCACCUUGACGGAGCUUUCGUUCGACGUGAUCGGGCUGAUCAGUGCACUGAUUGCGACGAUGGGCUUCUCGCUGCAGAACAUCUUCUCCAAGAAGGUGCUCAAGGAGACGGGCGUACACCAUCUGCGGCUGCUGCACAUCCUCGGCCGGUUGGCACUAUUUAUGUUUCUCCCGGUUUGGAUCUAUGUCGAUCUGUUCAACGUGAUGAAGCAUCCAUCGAUCGUGACGGGAGACUAUCGGGUGAUUGCGCUGCUGUUUACCGACGGUGUGCUGAACUGGCUGCAGAAUAUCCUCGCGUUCAGUGUGCUGUCGCUGGUGACGCCGCUUACGUACGCGGUGGCAAGCGCGAGCAAGCGCAUCUUCGUCAUCGCCAUCUCGCUGUUCGUCCUGGGCAACCCGGUGACCUGGCUGAACGUGCUCGGCAUGCUGGUGGCGAUACUGGGCGUGCUGUGCUACAAUCGGGCAAAGUACUUUGCCCGCCGCCAGCAGGACACACUGCUACCGUACGCGUACGGUGCGAAAGACGGUGCCGGUACGAAGGGUUCCAGCUCCACCCUUGCCAGCAACAGCAACGGGCGACGGUAUCAGUACGCUCCGCUGCACGCGAAUGGCGGUGUUCCGGUGCCGGAGAAUGUACUGCUAGCGAAUGGUGGUGCGUCCGCGAUGGGCACGACCGUGCACAGUUUGAUGCCCAGCGUAGCACCAACCAUCCCGAUCACCGUAUCGUCGAAUAUGGCCACGUCGAACAGCAGCAGUACCAACGGUAGGUUACUGUUCGUUUAAGGCAGCGUUCUGCGAUGAAAAACGGAUAGAAAUGGACGGGACCUGAUCCAUGCCUGAGCGCUAGGGACGGAAGAACGACAACAAACGGCAAAACGUAGCUAAUUAGCUGAGCGCCGUGCUGCGUGGGACAACGUGGUUAUAGUGCGGUAGUAAUUUAUAUGUCUUACAAUAAUAACGACUGUCCCGACGACCCGAUUAGCGCGACUGAAACACCUCCCUUUGUAAUAUAGAAGACACACAUACACGCACACACACACAUGCGCGCGAUGUAUUGUUUUGCCACAGAUGCUUAGCCACUUGGUGGGGGAAAGUUAGUUAAUACUUUGCUAGAAACUGCUUUUUCUGUUUGAAUAACCAUUACCUGUGUGACGAAGCUAGGACAUAGAAUAGGAAUUAUUUUCUUUUUUGUUUUUUUUUUUCGCAAGAGUGAAAAUAAUUCUUGGGAGACGGUUAUAACUUCACAACAAUUUAAGCAAACCAUCAUUUCUACAACGACAGUAUUUUUUUUCAAAUAAGGCGAAUUGUUUUUUGUCUCACUGUAAGCACCAAGUCUGUGUCCUGUGCUGCAGCAGCAGCUGGUCAUCGUUGCGAUUGGUUUGCCGACCGUCAACGUGCAUACAUAUAUCGCGUGUUUGUUAUUAGAAAAUGUACAUAGUUAGGAAAAUUGGGGGAAUGAGUUUCACGUGCCCGAAAUCUUUUAGCCCAAGACUGUAACGGUUGCGUGAGACAAGAAGCGGGUGACGGAACGGAGUGGUGAUGUGUGCGUAUGAUGCGUUCCUUUUUUCCAUUUUUUCCGGCGUUUUGAUCGUUACGAUUAUCUAUGAUUUAUCUUUUCCACGUAUCUGUUAACGUUUCUUAAGCAAUAUUAGUUUUACGUUCAACACACACACGCGAUUGUAUUACGGUUACCUCUGUGUGUACUUAGAAAGACAGGUAACAGCGCAUAGGAUCGAUCUUGAUGCUGAGAGCAACACGAAAAUCAUUAAACGUCAUCCACAUCUGAGUUUUUGCUCAGCGCUGCUUGUUUCUACACCCAUUUUUGUUCUUUGUUAAAUAUUGUUUCACUUUGUA